AUGCCUUGGCAAAGGCGAUGGACAACCAUAGAAGCGGGGAAAACCUUACCAGUGAGACUAUACAAGCACAAAUGUUUUUUGGUGCUACUGGGCAAGGAAAAAAAAAGUUUCAACCAUACCCAUUGUUGGGAGGUAGUGAAGAAUUGUAAGAAAUUCCAAAUUAUUCCAACGGGUCCGACGGUACUCUUGAACGAGACGCCACUCCAUGAGACACCGGCAUCGGAUUCACCUAUGGAUUCCCCGAUGAGUCAAGACUCACCUAUCGAAAAGGGGUCGAGGCCUAUUGGGAGGAAGGCGGCGAAGGAGAAGAAAGGGAGUAAUUCUACCAAUAAUGUAUCUAAAUUUUUGGAGGAACUUUCAAAGAUGCAAGCCAUGAGAAUUGAAAUGGACAUGAAACAACAAGAGCACGAUAUGGCAAUUGAUGUAGAAAAUGCAAAAGAAAGGGAGUAUGUACGGCAAGAAAGGGAGUAUGCACGCCAAGAAAGGGAGUAUGCAUGCCAAGAAAAGAUUGAAAAAAAGGAUCGGGCUACAAUGACCAUGGAUACAACCCAUAUGUCCCCUGAAACAAAACACUAUUGGAAGCUAGAACGAAGGGAUGUUAUGAGACGAAGACUUUUUCGUGACGAUGGACCUAGCAACACGGAUUGGUUAAAUGAUCAAAACAAUUAA